GGGAUGGAGGGAGAGUUGAUAAAGUCAGUCUCACAGAGUUCAGACUCUCACUUCUGCCCCGCCCUUGUCCUGCAGACUCACCGCCACGUGUCGUAGCUCGCCCACAGCGCCCCCGCCUGCAGACAUGUGUGAUGAUGAGGAGAGCACUGCUCUGGUCUGUGAUAACGGAUCAGGUCUGUGUAAGGCCGGCUUCGCUGGAGAUGAUGCCCCACGAGCUGUCUUCCCCUCCAUAGUGGGCCGACCACGCCACCAGGGAGUGAUGGUGGGCAUGGGGCAGAAGGACAGCUACGUAGGAGAUGAGGCUCAGAGUAAACGAGGAAUCCUGACGCUGAAAUAUCCCAUCGAACACGGAAUCAUCACCAACUGGGACGACAUGGAGAAGAUCUGGCACCACUCGUUUUACAACGAGCUGCGAGUGGCUCCAGAGGAACAUCCCACGCUGCUCACGGAGGCGCCGCUCAACCCCAAAGCUAACCGCGAGAAGAUGACCCAGAUCAUGUUCGAGACCUUUAACGUUCCCGCCAUGUACGUGGCCAUCCAGGCCGUCCUGUCUCUGUACGCCUCAGGACGCACCACAGGUAUCGUGCUGGACUCUGGCGACGGCGUGACCCACAACGUGCCGAUCUACGAGGGUUACGCUCUGCCUCACGCCAUCAUGAGGUUGGACCUGGCGGGCCGUGACCUCACUGACUACCUCAUGAAGAUCCUGACGGAGCGCGGCUACAGCUUCGUUACCACGGCGGAGAGGGAGAUCGUGCGGGACAUCAAGGAGAAGCUAUGCUACGUAGCUCUGGACUUUGAGAACGAAAUGGCGACCGCGGCGACCUCAUCAUCGCUGGAGAAGAGCUACGAGCUGCCGGACGGACAGGUCAUCACCAUCGGCAACGAGAGGUUUCGCUGCCCAGAGACGCUGUUCCAGCCGUCCUUCAUCGGCAUGGAGUCAGCAGGGAUCCACGAGACGACCUACAACAGCAUCAUGAAGUGUGACAUCGACAUCCGUAAAGACCUGUACGCCAACAACGUGCUGUCUGGGGGGACCACCAUGUACCCCGGCAUCGCCGACCGCAUGCAGAAGGAGAUCACCGCGCUGGCGCCCAGCACCAUGAAGAUCAAGAUCAUCGCCCCCCCAGAGAGGAAGUACUCGGUGUGGAUCGGUGGCUCCAUCCUCGCCUCCCUCUCCACCUUCCAGCAGAUGUGGAUCAGCAAGCAGGAGUACGACGAGGCCGGGCCGUCUAUCGUCCACCGCAAGUGCUUCUAGAAACCCCCGCAGACCCACCCACCCCCCCCCCACGCCAUCUUACCCUAGCAACAACAGAUCCCCAAAAAACACCUCUGCAGCAGAAAGCAACCCAGGGUCUCUGGUGUUUAGGAAGAUGCUAAAGAAAUGUUUUAUUUUGAAAAGCUAAAAGUCAAAAGGGGAAGUGAUGUCGCCAGGGCUUUAAAUCAACGCUAGGGGUGCACGAUAGGUCGGUUUUAAUCUUCAACGUGAGAUCAACUGGUGGCAGUUAACACAUGGACACGUCAUCUCUAAAGACACUCCCGCAUUUAUCGUGUUUAUUCAAAGAAAAUAUCAGCUGUCGUUCAGUUUUUAGUGCUGCCUUUUAUAUUCAAUCCAAAGUUAAAUCUGUUAAAUAAAAGAAAGUUAGAAAUGAUUUCCUGUCAUUAGUUUUAAACUCAACAAGCAGUUUAUUGUAUUUUAGCAGCAGAACUGAGAACACUUUAAUAUCUGCUUAUUUAUCGCCAUAUUUAACAACGUUAUGGUCUGUUUUUCUCGUAGCGUGCAGCUCUAGCUGAAAACACGCCAACCCAAGAAAUGGGGGUAAAAACGGGAAACAUUAUAAAGUUAUUAGCCAGUUUGUCCGGUGAUGAAUAAAGUGAAUAACUCAGCAUCUGUUUGGAUCGGCCGGCUGCAGAAAUGGUUCCAGAUUGGUCUGUUUCCCGCCAAGAAAUCUGGGCAUUUUGUGUGUAAUCUUUGUGGCCAACACUGCUCGUAGCUUUACAUCUAAUACUACAUUUCCCAUGAACACCAGCAACCCAUAGGCUAAGUGUCAGCGCAGGGUAUUGAUUACGAGCUACGCUAAAACGGAGACGAAACGGUGGAGAACGGCGGGAAACAAAUAGGAUUGGGUACGUACGCAACCGGUAGGAAUCGGACCGGGAUAGAACGCAACUUUUGGUUCCUCAUUUCGGUUCCACUUAAUGUAUGGACUGAAAUAUUUUCCCUCGGUCGCUCCAAAAUGGACGUAGAAAUCUCAACCUUUCUCUGUAGUCUACCGUUAGCUAGCUACCGUGAAUGUAGGCGACUUUUAAAAUGCCUUAUUUCCCAUCCGGGUUCACCAAAACAGACGUAAAAGCCUUUCUUUGAUGUCAUUUUUCAGUUUUUCAAGAAUCGGUUCGGCAGUUAAGUUAGGAAAAUAAACAAACUUUUACUAACUUUAAAAUGUGUCAAAAGUGUCCGAAAACUGAAAGAAACAUCGGAAGAAAUGUUGAAACAAACGUCAAAUUUUAAGCGACAAAAAACAUCGAGGGAAAUGUUGAAGAAAGCAACAAACAGUGGAAAAAAGGCGGGAAAACAGCAGAAAAAAUGGCAGGAAACUAAACCAGAGCAGCUGAAAGUAAACAAACCAUCGUGCAGCCAGCAGAGAAUCUGAUUGGCCAGUUAAGAGUCUGCGAGCUGUGUUGGCUAACGACCCAGAGAGCUGAUUUAAAGCCCAGGAUGUUGCCCCCCCACCCCCCCCCCCCCCCUGCUCACCUGAAAGCUGUGAAUGUGGCUCUUUGUCCUCCAUCUUUUAAACCUCCACUCCCUCUCUUCUCCCCUCCAUCUGCCAUGUUGGUUACGUUUGUUUUGAUUUUUUUAAAGAAUAAAAGCUUUGAUGUUAUGUGUUUCCCCCCUUAUCUUCACGCAGCGUAAUGAUGAUGUCACAGCUGUUGAACUCUGGGUAAAACCGGUCGAGUUGUGUGAUGGAAGUGACAGAAAGACGAAUAAAGAAGCUCUGAAACCAGA